CGGAAGUUGGGGCUCAGCAUCCUGUGCUCACUGACAGCUCCCUGCCGCCUCGUCUCGGACGCCGACAUGGGGGAGGCGGACCGGUUUUUCUAUGUGUACAGCUGUGACCUGGACAUCAGCGUGCAGCUGAAGAUAGGAAGCUUAGAGGGAAAACGAGAACAGAAGAGCUACAAGGCGGUGCUGGAAGAUCCGAUGCUGAAGUUCUCGGGGCUGUACCAGGAGGCCUGCUCGGACCUGUACGUUACCUGCCAGGUGUUUGCCGAAGGAAAGCCGCUGGCGCUGCCCGUGAGGACGUCUUAUAAAGCGUUCAGCACCAGGUGGAAUUGGAACGAAUGGCUGAAGCUGCCUGUGAAAUAUGCCGAUUUACCAAGAGGGGCCCAAGUAGCGUUAACAAUAUGGGACGUGUACGGGCCGGGGAAGGCCGUUCCGGUCGGUGGGACUACGGUGUCUUUAUUUGGAAAAUACGGGAUGUUUCGCCAGGGAAUGCAUGAUCUUAAAGUGUGGCCCAACGUUGAAGCAGAUGGGUCAGAGCCAACAAAGACUCCGGGCCGGACAAGCAGCACCUUCUCCGAAGACCAGAUGAGCCGACUGGCCAAGCUUACCAAGGCUCAUCGUCAGGGGCACAUGGUGAAAGUGGAUUGGCUGGAUAGAUUAACGUUUCGAGAGAUCGAGAUGAUCAACGAGAGCGAGAAGCGCAGUUCUAAUUUCAUGUACCUGAUGGUGGAGUUUCCUUGUGUGAAAUCUGAUGAAAAGGAGUAUGGCAUAGUUUACUAUGAGAAGGAUGGUGAUGAAUCCACCCACAUUUCUACCAGUGCAGAGAUUGUCCGAGUUCCCGACCCACAAAUGUCUAUGGAAAACCUAGUAGAGAGUAAACAUCACAAGUUGGCCAGGAGUCUGAGGAGCGGUCCUUCCGAUCACGACCUGAAGCCUAAUGCUGCGACCAGAGACCAGCUCAAUAUAAUCGUCAGCUACCCGCCGACCAAGCAGCUGACGUCCGAGGAGCAAGACUUGGUGUGGAAGUUCCGAUACUAUCUGACCAACCAGGAAAAGGCUUUAACAAAGUUCCUGAAAUGCGUCAACUGGGAUCUACCCCAAGAGGCCAAGCAAGCUCUGGAGCUGUUGGGAAAAUGGAAGCCGAUGGAUGUUGAAGACUCUCUGGAGCUUCUUUCUUCUCACUUCACCAACCCCACCGUGCGCCGUUACGCCGUAGCUAGGCUUCAGCAAGCAGAUGAUGAAGAUUUGCUGAUGUACUUGUUGCAGUUGGUUCAGGCUCUAAAGUAUGAGAACUUUGAUGACAUAAAAAGUGGUCUGGAGCCGACAAAAAAGGACAGCCAGGGCCUGAUGGUAGACAGCACGUCCGGCGUCAACCCCACCGAUAUGGACAGUUCACAGAUCGUAACGAGUAAUCUCCCGGCUUCCCCUGCGCCAACAUCUAAAGCCAAGGAUGGAUUAGAAGCGGAGAACCUAGAACAGGACCUCUGCACCUUCUUGAUUACAAGAGCCUGUAAGAACUCGACGCUGGCCAACUAUUUAUACUGGUACGUGAUAGUGGAAUGCGAAGACCAGGACACCCAGCAGAGAGAUCCAAAGACCCACGAGAUGUAUCUGAACGUCAUGAGACGCUUUAGCCAGGCGCUUCUAAAGGGUGAUAAGUCGGUCCGAGUGAUGCGUUCUCUGCUGGCGACCCAGCAGACGUUCGUAGACAGACUGGUCCAUCUGAUGAAAGCGGUGCAGCGAGAAAGUGGGAACCGCAAGAAAAAGAACGAGCGUCUCCAGGCUUUGCUGGCAGAUAAUGAGAAGAUGAACCUGUCGGAGAUCGAACCCAUCCCCCUGCCGCUCGAGCCUCAGGUCAAGAUCCGAGGAAUCAUCCCCGAGAAAGCCACCCUGUUUAAGAGCGCGCUUAUGCCUGCAAAGUUAUUCUUCAAAACCGAAGACGGAGGGAAGUACCCCGUUAUCUUCAAAAACGGCGACGAUUUGCGUCAAGACCAACUGAUCCUUCAAAUCAUUUCAUUAAUGGAUAAGCUGUUACGCAAAGAAAACCUGGAUUUAAAGUUAACGCCGUACAAGGUUCUGGCUACGAGCACAAAGCACGGGUUCAUGCAGUUCAUUCAGUCGGUUCCGGUGGCCGAAGUCCUCGCCACGGAGGGCAGCAUACAGAACUUCUUUAGAAAGUAUUCACCGAGCGAGAAGGGGCCGUACGGGAUAAGCGCCGAGGUUAUGGACACGUACGUGAAAAGCUGCGCCGGUUACUGCGUCAUCACCUACAUCCUGGGAGUCGGCGACCGCCAUCUGGACAAUCUCCUGCUCACCAAAACAGGAAAGCUCUUCCACAUCGAUUUUGGAUACAUUCUUGGAAGAGACCCCAAGCCUCUGCCUCCCCCCAUGAAGCUGAACAAAGAAAUGGUGGAAGGAAUGGGAGGAACCCAAAGCGAGCAGUACCAAGCGUUCCGCAAGCAGUGUUACACCGCCUUCCUGCACCUGCGCAGGUAUUCAAAUUUGAUCUUAAACCUUUUCUCUCUCAUGGUGGACGCCAACAUCCCAGAUAUCGCCCUGGAGCCGGACAAGACGGUCAAAAAGGUGCAGGAUAAAUUUAGGUUAGACCUGUCUGACGAGGAAGCCGUUCAUUACAUGCAGACUCUCAUCGACGACAGUGUCAACGCGCUCUUCGCAGCUGUGGUUGAACAAAUACAUAAGUUUGCGCAGUACUGGAGAAGAUAGAUGCUUCUUAUUUCCCGCUCGAUGGCGAAAAAAAACAUCGCAGGACUGGGGAAAAAAAAAGAAAGAAAA